CAACUAGCAGAGAGGCGGAUGAUAACAGCAUCCUUUGCUGUUAUUCAGCCAGCACACAUCUCAAUGAACUGCUCGCAGAGAAGCCACUGAUCGUGCCUUCUGCUUUUUGCAGGGCAGAGAUACUGAUCAGUGUCUAAAAACUGCAUCCCUUUUUCUUAUGAGAUUAUUUUUUCAUAGACUUUUUUUAUUUUAUUUGAAGGUCUCUGUAGCCUGUCUCUUUCCACUAUGGUGCUAGGAAAGGUAAAGAGCUUCACAGUAAGCUACGACUGUCUCAAUGACAGCAAUGUUCCCGUUUUCUCCAGCGGGGACAGCGUCUCAGGGAGGGUGAUUAUCGAAGUCACUGGAGAGAUCCGUGUGAAAUCUCUCAAAAUCCACGCAAAAGGAUUUGCAAAAGUUCGUUGGACUGAAUCGAGAAAUGCUGGAUCCAACACUGCCUACACGCAAAACUACACAGAAGAAGUGGAAUAUCUAAACCACAAAGAUAUCUUAAUUGGACACGAGAGAGACGAUGACAACUCUGAGGAAGGACUCACCACUAUUCAUUCAGGAAGACAUGAGUAUGCAUUCAGCCUUGAGCUUCCACAGACACCUCUGGCUACCUCUUUUGAAGGGAAGCAUGGCAGUGUGCGCUAUUGGGUGAAGGCAGAACUCCACAGGCCAUGGCUUCUGCCCAUGAAGACCAAGAAGGAAUUUACAGUCUUUGAGCACAUUGACAUCAACACUCCAUUAUUGUUGUCACCACAGGCCGGCACAAAAGACAAGACUCUUUGCUGUUGGUUCUGCACCUCAGGUCCUAUUUCCCUAAGUGCCAAAAUUGAAAGGAAGGGAUAUACCCCAGGAGAGUCGAUCCAGAUCUUUGCUGAGAUUGAGAACUGCUCUUCCCGCAUGGUGGUGCCGAAGGCAGCCAUCUACCAGACACAGACAUUCUAUGCCAAAGGGAAGAUGAAGGAGGUCAAGCAGCUGGUGGCCAACCUGCGGGGAGAGUCUCUGUCCUCGGGCAAAACAGAGACCUGGAGUGGCAAGAUGCUGAAGAUCCCACCUGUCUCACCCUCCAUCCUGGACUGCAGCAUUAUCAGGGUAGAGUACUCCCUCAUGGUGUACGUGGACAUACCUGGGGCAAUAAACCUGUCCCUGAACCUGCCCCUGGUCAUCGGAACCAUCCCUCUCCACCCCUUCGGCUCCCGUACCUCCAGUGUCAGCAGCCAGUGCAGCAUGAGCUGGCUGGGCAUGGGUCUGCCCGAGAGGCCUGAAGCUCCUCCAAGCUAUGCAGAAAUUGUGACAGAAGAACAGAGGCAGAGCAGUCUGGAUGUCCCAGCAGCCCGUGAGGAGCUGGACGGACCUCUCUUCGCCUAUAUUCAUGAGUUCCGCUUCCAGCCUCCUCCUCUGUACUCUGUGAUCGAUCCUAACCCACAUCAUGCCAGCUGUGCAGAGGAGCGCAGGAUCGACGCCUGUCCAUCGCGCUGAUGGCUAUUCUUGAAAUUCCCAUGACUCUGGGGAAACUCAAAGUAACCUGCUUGCAAAGCUCAGCUUUGUUUAUUUUUCUCCAACAACACAACGCUGUUGAAGUCAAGAGAAAAACAAAGCAUCCAACAAACCAACAAAUACCCACAGUUGGGUUGGACAAAUCUGUUCCCGCCUUCCCUCAGAAGGAGAAACAGGAGUCACUAGUUUGGGGGAACCACCUCCUUCCUGUGUCAGCCUGCUGAGGGUGGGAAAUGUACAGAUGAACACAUAUUCAGUCUGUACGAAAAACCCCACUAGUAGUGAGAAUCCUGGUGAUCCUAUUGACAAUGAAAGAAAGAAUCAGCCAGGCUCGACCUGCCAAGCUUCUCUUUAACCCUUGAUUCUUCUGUACUCAUGGCACAUAAGGACAUGGCUCCUCACACAAAGGGUAGGACUAAUCAUGUCCAGACUUCAGCAGAAUCAGAAUCACCUAAAGAAAACGGGAUGAAAAGAGAAAAAUAACCACCACGUUCUAACCACCAUAGUCGGAAUGAAUGACAGCAUUCAGCAGUCAACAACAGAGCAAAGACUAGGCCCUUCUGUCUCAUUUGGGAUUUUGUUUUGCACAUUUUCUUCUUUACUUGAGUUGUGUGGCUCCAUUUAAUGAGAAUUUAAAAAAAAAAAAAAAAAAAUCACUAAUAGUUUGGUUUCAGCCUUGUAGUGCACCAGACUAAGAAUAUGAGACUGCAGGCUUAACUUUUAAGACUUUCAUUUGCAUAACUUUGAGCAGCUUUGAUUUUGAAAAAAAAAGACUGAAAA